AUGGCGUCGUCUGAGGAUAGCGCUCAUGCCAACAAUCUGGAAUACACACUCAAAGAGCUACGGCGAGAAAUACGAGACCGGGAGCAGCAACUGAAUAUCUUGCGCGCCUCACAAGAAGAGGCCGCUAUCGCCCCCAUAGCUCAAGUCCAGGUCAUUACUGCUGCGCUUGAACAAGUCACAAAUGCAGAGCCGUUUGUCCCCAUCGCGGGCUCAAUACUGCCCUCAUUAAUAGCCAUGCGCAAAACACACGCCGUUAUAUCAGAGUCAAAUGCACUGGUGACAGAGCAAGCCAAAUCACAGGAAGCGCAAAACAAGCAGCUAGAAGCAGACCGCGCCGCCCUCAAAGACCAAAAUCUCAUCCACGAGGCCCUCACGGCGCGAAUAGCGUCGCUGCAAGAGGAGCUGAGCGCCAAUACCGAGGUGACGCAUGAAGAUGCCGUGAGCGAGAAGCGGGCGGAGCUCAAGCGCAAGGCCAAGGACUACAACACAAGGAAACGACAGCUCAUGAUUGACCUCCUGGGGUUUAUGGAGCGUGAGCUCGCGCCGCUACUGGUGGCCGAGGAAAUGGGCGGGCCGGUGGUGGGAGACUUGAUGGACGUCGACCCCGGCGACCUCGCCGCUGGCUUUACCGCGCAGGGCAAGCUGAGACGGACGGGCAAGGGCGACGCGGGACGGGACAAGGGGCAGCGGCGCAUCGACGAAAUCUGGGGCAACAGAAGGGAAGAUGGCGACGCGCGGCGGCGCUCAGGAGGCGACAACCAGCGAAGACGGCCUCUGAACGAUGUGGAGGCGGCAGCAGAGGAGAUGCGCUGGCUCACCGAGCAGCUCCUCAACAAAAUGACAGAGGCGGCGGGCAACACAGAGGACGCGUACGUGACCAUCGGCCGCGAGUCCGCGGCCGUUCGGUUCCUGAUUCGGUCCAAAGUCGCUCAAUACCACCCAAGAGAUAUUUCACGGAUAAAAUUGAUUGACUUUGGCAGAGAAUUAGAGGAAUGA